AUGUCUGUUGUUGGGUCAUCGCGUAUGUCGGUGGCUCGGGGUGGAGGAGGUGUUGCUACUCUCAACUAUGGCGGAGCGGCGGCCUCUAAAAAGUGUAUAGCAUCAGAGUUCGCCAAACAGGUCGACGUCCUCCUGGAGGAUCUCAAGGCCACUCGCUCUCACUAUAUACGGUGUAUCAAGCCCAACGAUGACCAGCUGCCAGGCGUGCUCGAACCCAAGAGGGUCUUCAAGCAGUUGGAGGUCACUGGGAUGUUCACUGUGCUUGUCCUCAUGGCUCAUGCUUACCCGACUAGAAUACCCUAUGCUGAUCUAUUCGACCGAUAUAAAUCCAUGCUACCUGGGCAUAUCCUGGGGUUGCUGAUGCGAUCGGGCAGAGGAGGCGGAGCGAGGCUCUUCGUUGAGCAGAUGCUCGAGGUAGUGGCGAAUGAAGAGCGACUCGCUGGUCGAGACUAUGCAAAAGGGAAGGAAUUUGCUCUGGGGACAUCAAAGGUCUUCUUUAGACCUCAAAGUGUGGAGCCUGUUGACUCCCUACUAGCCGCUAUCGAUUGCGAUGUGGCUAAGAGGAACAGGGUGGCCCAGGCCAUAGCCUCUUCUAUCAUUCGGAGGCGGAGAUAUCGACAGCAGUGUUACAUCAGGACCGGAGGGCGCCUCCUCAUCAUACAAAGAAGACGACAAAACUACUGGAAGUGGUUUCAUAACUACUUCCUCCGCCUCACCGCGAUCGUCACGUUUAUACGUCGCCGUCUAUUGCCAUCCAUAUAUGAGAAGCGUCGGAUCCGCGAGGCGGCUGCAUGCAAAAUCCAAAGGCAUUGGCGUGCUCGGCGGGAGAGGAGGCGGCGCGAGGCUGCACUUGUCAUAGUGUCUCGAUUGCGAUGCUACCUAGCGAAGAAGAUGCUGAAGGAGAGGGCUCAACGCCGACGGGUCUGCUCGGCUAGUGCCGUCACCAUACAGUGCGCGUGGCGACAGAGGACAGCUCGGAGGGAGCUGCGCCGGAGGUUCAACGCCAAUGAGGAGGCCAAGAGACGGCGUGCGGAGAUAGAGAGGAUGAAAGAGCUUCAGCGGGAGAAGGAAGUGGCCGAGCAGGAGUUGAGGGAAGCCAGAGAGCUCAUUGAAAGAAAGGAAGAGGAAUCUGCCGCAGUAUGCCAGGCUCUGGUCAAGCAGGAGGAAGAGAAGACGAUCGAGCGGGAGAAGCGCGGCAUGGCUCUAGCAGACUGGGAGGCUCGGCAAGCUCGCGAGGCCGAUGUGGCUCGCGCCCGAGAGGAAAUAGAGAAGACGCGGUUGAUGGAGGAGCGAGCUUCCUUGGAGGCAUCGUUGGCUGAAGAGCGAGCUCGGUUCCAGACCCAGCUGGCAGCUGAGAAGGCGCGGGUGGAGGCUGAGAUGGCGGAGGAGAAGGCCAAGAUGGAGAGGAACUUGGCGGAGGAACGGGCUGCCAUAGAGGCCGAGAGAGCUCGAAAUGAGGAGGAGAAGAGGCGCAUUGAGGCGGAGCGAGCACAGGAAGCUGCGAUGGCUGAGGCCCUUCGACUGCAGCAAAUAGAGCUAGACCGAGAGAAGACGGAGCUCGAGCAGGUUAAACUGGCUACUAGCAUGGGGCCAGUUAGCUCACCCGGAGACUCGGAUGCCUCUGUUGUGAAACGAGAGCAGGAGCUCCUUGCUGAGCGAGAGGAGGAGAUUGCUAGGUUGAGGGCUGAGGUGGAGGCCUUUAGGAUGAAGCAGGAUGCUGAGAUGAAGAUAGAGGAGGAGGCAGCCUCGUCCAAGAGGGCUCAUUCCCCUGCCCUCGACAGCGUCCCACCAGCGAAACGGAGCAGAUCGAACUCAUCUGAGCUGGGGAAGGGCACUCCCAUGCAGAAGUGUGUUGGACUACCAUCGAGUGUCUCUAAGUUGCCUGUGGACAGGCCAAGAGCCCUCGGCGACGUGCCAAUGAUGUCGGCCUCCCCACUGGCCUUCACGCCUGGUCGGGGAGGCGAUCGCAGUGAGUCCAGACUGGAGUCGGCAGGGAAGGCCCGGCGGGCAGCGAGAGCGGACUAUUCUGGAGGGGUGGCAACGGCUGUGAAUAGGAGAGAACAGCUGCAGCGGCUCGAGAGGAUGUAUAAUAGCACAGAGAAGGAACGACGGCUGAAGGCCAUGCGGGAAUCCGCCUUAUGGAUCGAUGACGACAGCGCCACUUCGCCGUCGCCUAUCAAGGCCGUUGGGGAGGACCAUUGCGGGGGUGGCGAAUGCAGCAUGCUGGACAUACCCGAUCAAGGGAUGUGCGAGGCUAAGCCGCAGACUAAGUGGGAAACUGAGCCCUCCGGAAUCAGCGAGGCGACAGUGACGGAACGGAAGAUCUGGACGAGGGAACAGAGGAAUUCAUGCCGACUGACCUCAGAAAUAUCCAUCUCUUCUAUAGCCAACAGUGAGAGCCAUAUCAAGCAGCCUCGGGCUAGGGUUGCAGCGAAGGGCGCCAGAGCAAGGGCAGCUUCGGCAAACACAUCCGCUGCUUGUGCAUCUAGGAGUGGUAGUGGUGGCAGUAUUCCAGCGAGAGCGGUACGGAACUGUCGAGCUGCUGCUGCUGUUUACGAGCACGAGAACAUAUCAGGGAUCAGCAACGUCUCCAAGCUGAGUGUUAAUCAGAGUAGAAGUGGCCUGGCGGGCAAGGGUCGUGGCGCUGGGACGAGGAUGCAACCACCAGGGUUUACCACGGUCAAGGGAGUGGCUCGAGGCUCUGCGUCCAACAGGGCUAUCUCGGCUCCGGUUACUGGGAGACGGGUGAGAGUAACUUUGAAGGCGAGUAACUGUUGGGGUUUUUAG